AGUUCCGGUCCGCCGUCCGUCCCCUCAGCCGGGCCCUGCCGUCAGCCUUGCCUCAGCUCCGCUCUCCACGAAGGCCUUAUGGGCAAGAGAAAAGAUGAACAUUUUCAAGAAGCCGGAAACCACAAAAGACCAAGACAAGAAUCUGCAAAUGAAUCUAAUGCUGAGUUCGAUGAGGAAGAAUAUUCCCAGGCCCUGUCUACUACUACAUCUAAUUCUCAGGCGAUUUCAGGAGAAGUUGGGAUAAUUGAAAGCAUUCAGUUGAAGAACUUCAUGUGCCACUCAAUGCUGGGGCCCUUUAAAUUUGGAUCAAAUGUGAACUUCGUGGUUGGAAACAAUGGAAGUGGUAAAAGUGCUGUAUUAACUGCUCUUAUAGUUGGUCUUGGUGGAAAAGCAAUUGCUACUAAUCGAGGGUCUUCUCUGAAAGGAUUUGUCAAACACGGAGAGAGUUCUGCAGAUGUCUCGAUCAAAUUACGGAACAGAGGUGAUGACGCUUACAAGCCACAAGUGUUUGGUGACUCAAUUACCGUGCACCAGCACAUUAGCGUGGACGGGAAUCGAAGUUGCAAACUGAGAAGCAAAACAGGAAGCUUGGUUUCUUCUAAGAAAGAAGAACUUAUUGCAAUUCUUGAUCACUUUAACAUCCAGGUGGAUAAUCCAAUUUCAGUUUUAACACAAGAGAUGAGUAAGCACUUCUUGCAAACAAAAAAUGAAGGUGAUAAAUACAAAUUUUUUAUGAAAGCAACCCAGCUUGAACAGAUGAAAAAUGAUUACUCACACAUUAUGGAGAAAAAAGCAAGGACACACGAUCAGAUAGAACAAGGAGAGGAGCGUCUUUUAGAACUCAAGCGAAACUGUGUGGAGAAAGAGGAACUUUUCAAAAGCAUUGCUGCCUUGAGUGAACUGAAAGUGAAUCUGGAGAAUCUGAAGCAUGAGAUGGCUUGGGCAGUGGUUGGCGAAAUUGAAAAUCAAACCGAGGAAAUGAGAGGUAUUAUUAAAAAUGAAGAAAGCCAAAAUGCGCGGUAUAAUCAGAAGCUGUUGGAUUGCGAGGCCAGAGUAAAUGAAGCGGAAGAGAAGUAUAAGAAAAUUCAAGAUGAAUUGGAAAAAAUAACCGAAGAAGCAGUUGCUCUAGAACCCGAAUAUACUCAGUUAAAAGCGGAUGUCAGGGCAAAGAAACAAGCUUACAAUGAUGCUGAGAUUUUCUACAAUCGCUCCUUGAACGAAUACAAAACAUUAGAAAAAGAUGGUGAGCAACUCAUGAAAAGGAUCGAGGAACUCAAAAACAGUGCGGAUCAGAUUUCGGAGCCUGAAAAGUUGGAAAGGCAGAAAAAAAUUUUUCAGUUGAAAGAAAAGUCGAAAAUUCUGUGUGAUGAAGAACAAUCAGUUUUUCAGGAUAUUGAUCAAUUUCAGAAAGCUAUAAUUAAGUAUAAAGAAGAACAAAGUAAAUUAAAGAGAGAAGAGCUUGCCGUGAAGCAAAUGAUGGGUCGCCAGCAAAAGCAGAUAAAGGAUUUGAAAGAUAGUAAAACUGAUCAGCUGAAAAGAUUCGGUGCCCAUAUUCCAUCCCUUCUUAAGGCAAUAGAAGAUGCGUAUAGACAAGGGCGGUUUACUCAGAAACCAGUUGGCCCUCUUGGGGCUUGUAUUCACCUCCGGGAUCCUGAACUCGCUCUGGCCGUUGAAUCUUGCCUAAAAGGUCUGCUUCUAGCCUUCUGCUGUCACAACCACAACGACGAGCGAACGCUGCAGGCCCUGAUGAGAAAGUUUUGCCCACCCGGAUCCCGGCCCCAGAUAAUAGUGUCUGAAUUUCGCAGUCAGAUGUACGACGUAAGGCACAGAGCUGUUUAUCAUCCAAAUCAUCCAACAGUUCUCACUGCUUUAGAUAUGGAUAAUGCAGUUGUUGCCAAUAGUCUGAUUGAUAUGAGAGGCAUAGAGACAAUCCUCCUAAUCAAGAAUAACUCCGAAGCUCGUACUAUUAUGCAAACUCAGAGACCACCAAAAAACUGUAGGGAAGCUUUUACCGCCCUGGGGGACCAGGUUUUUGAGAAACGUUACUAUUCGGGGGAACAUUCGAGGCCCAGGUUCUUGAGCAGAGAUGUGGAGACUGAAAUAAGUCACUUGGAGAAAGAAGUUGAAAAUAAAAUGGCUGAACUUUUAACCUUUCAACAACGUUUGCGUUCCAUUGAAAAUGAUAUUAAACAUAAUGAAGAUCAUCUUCAUAACUUCAGUCAGCAUUUAAGAGAUCUGAAGAUUAAAAGACGCACAGUUGAUGCAGAAAUAAAAGAUCUUGAAAAUGUGGAAGAGCCCCAGUCAGUAGAUAUCUCGACACUGGAGGAGGAAGCUCAAGAAAACAGGACGAGAAUGGCACAAGUUAAGCAAGAUAUGCAGCAACGAAAAGGCAAAAUGGAGGACUUAAAAAAGCAUAAAAUGGAAGCUGAACUCAAGUGUGAAGAAAUUAAAAAGAAAAUACAUCUAGUAUCAGAAACAGCAGAACCGUUAAAGGAAGACCUCAGCCAAGCUGAUUCAGAAGUGGAUAACCAGAAACGUUACAGGGAUCAUUAUAAUGAGAAAUGGAAAGAGCACCUGGCAUCCCUUAAAAUAAAGGAAGAAGAGCUGGCUGCAAAGGAGAGAGAACUAGAGGCAAAGAUUGCCCAGGCCAAGCAAAUCUGUAGUGAACGAAAAGAGGUCAACCGAACUGCCAGGACUAUUGACAUGGAAAUCAGUAGCUUACGAAAAGAAAUAAAUUCAGAAAGUGAUCGCCAUGGAAAUAGAGAAGAAAUAGUAAGGCAGUACAAAGAUGCAAAAGACACAUACCAGGACAUAAGUGGUAAAGUCAAGAAUUUGAAAAGAUUUAUUAAACUCUUGGACGAAAUCAUGACUCAGAGAUACAAAGCGUAUCAACAGUUUAGAAGGUGCCUCACUUUACGAUGUAAAAUCUACUUUGACUCAUUGUUAGCCCAGCGGGCUUUUUCUGGGAAGAUGACUUUUGAUCACAAGAAUGAAACCCUUGCAGUAUCAGUCCAGCCUGGAGAGGGAAGUAAAGCUAUUUUAAAUGACAUGAAGGCUUUAUCUGGAGGGGAACGUUCUUUCUCAACAGUUUGCUUCAUUCUUUCCCUGUGGUCCAUCGUGGAAUCUCCUUUCCGAUGCCUGGACGAGUUUGAUGUCUUCAUGGAUAUGGUUAAUAGGAGAAUAUCAAUGGACAUAAUAGUCAAGAUGGCAGAGUCGCAGCGUUUUCGACAAUUUAUCUUUCUUACUCCACAAAGUAUGAGCUCCCUCCCUUCAAGCAGCCUCAUUCGAAUACUUAGACUGCAAGAUCCUGAAAGAGGACAAAGUACACUGCCCUUCCAGCCCGUAAAUCAGGAAGAAGAAGAAGAAGACUGAAGUCGAUUUGUAAUUAAAUAUGAAUAUGCUGUCUCCUUGUUCUGGGGGUUUUUAGCACACAAAUAAUUACAGAUCUCUCCAAAGGUAACUGAAGUUCCGUAAAAAACAUUUUAAUUGCAUUGGCUAAUGUAAAAUUCACGUGAAGACUAUUUGUAUGAAAUAGGGACUAUCUUUGGAGUAGAGCUGUGGUUGUGCGUGAAUAAAUCUAGGAAUGUAAAUAGAUCAAAUAUUUAAUAAGAAUUGCUUCUUUUUAAAAGUGGAAUGAUGCUGAUUUUAUUCUUUUUAAUCGUGCACCUCGUACAGGUUAUUUUUAAAUGACCAUGUGCGUAUAUGUAUAUGCACUUAGGACUCGUUUCUACUUUUGGAAAAAAAUAAAUCAGUUUAAAACCA